AAAUUGGCCGGGUCAAUAGCCCAAUUGUUUUCUUCUUCUUCAACCUAAACAAAGUAGCCGCCGUACCAGAAGAAAAACAAAACCAGAAAACUAGCAACAACAUAACUGUAGAGGGAAAUAGAGGAAGAUGAAGAAAAAUAAAUAUGCCACGCACCGAUAAAUUCUAAAAUCGAUUCACUUCAACGCAGAAGCUAGGAAUAGUGGCUUCAGAAAAACUCGCGUUUGCCUUCAAAAUCACGGCUACAGAAUUGCGUUUCAAUUUUAUCCAAACAGUCCGAAAAAUGACGAAAUCGCGUUUCGAGGCGUUAGAAUCACGUUUCGAGCUUUCCACCGCCAAACCAAACAGACCCUUAAACUAAAAAAUUUCUCUUCACCAUCGUUAAAACUCCAACAACGAAGAAAGGAUUUGGUUUUGAUGAUUUUCUGGAUUAGCUGCUCGUCGUAAACAAGUUAAAGUCUCACUCAUCUCAACUUCCUGGCAAACGCAGGCGGAGCUGCUCGUCGUCCGCCUGAGAAAAUCCCUCCAGUUGCAGACAUCCUCAGGUGAAUUUCUGCAACUGUCAUUUAUAGCUUGUAAUUCCAACUUUUACUCAGUAUGGCUGAGGGAACAAACUCAAAGAUGAACAUUGCUAUAAUUCACCCAGAUCUUGGCAUAGGCGGAGCUGAACGAUUAGUUGUGGAUGCAGCUGUUGAACUUGCAUCUCGUGGUCAUAAAGUUCAUAUUUUUACUGCUCAUCAUGAUAAAAAUAGAUGCUUUGAGGAAACCAUUGCUGGUAUCUUUCCAGUUACUGUCUAUGGUUCCUUUCUUCCCCGUUAUAUAUUCUACCGUCUCCAUGCAUUGUGUGCAUACCUUCGGUGCCUAUUUGUUGCUUUCUGUGUUCUUUUUCUUUGGCCCUCAUUUGACGUAAUACUGGUAGACCAGGUCUCUGUGGUUAUCCCCAUCUUGAAACUUAAAAGGUCAACUAAGGUUGUAUUCUACUGUCAUUUUCCAGACUUGUUACUGGCUCAACAUUCAACUCUCCUCAGGAGGAUGUAUAGGAAACCCAUAGACUAUGCAGAAGAAAUAACAACUGGAAUGGCCGAUUUGAUACUUGUUAACAGCAACUUCACUGCAUCUACUUUUGCAAAUACUUUCAAGCAUCUAAAUGCUAAAGGAAUUCGACCAGCUGUCCUCUACCCAGCAGUCAAUGUGGAUCAAUUCAAUGAACCCACUUCCUCUAAGCCAAAUUUUCUUUCCAUUAACCGUUUUGAAAGGAAGAAGAACAUACAAUUAGCAAUUUCAGCUUUUGCUAUGCUUUACUCGCCCAACAGAGUUCUUAAGCAGCAAGAUAUUACAAAUGCUUCUUUGACUGUUGCGGGUGGCUUUGAUAAGCGGUUGAAGGAGAAUGUGGAGUACCUAGAUGAGCUUAAAGAUUUAGCUGAAAAGGAAGGGGUCUCUGAUAAAAUAAAAUUCAUCACUUCUUGCUCUACAGAUGAAAGAAAUGUUCUUCUUUCAGAAUGCCUGUGUGUCCUUUAUACGCCAGAGAAUGAGCACUUUGGCAUUGUUCCUUUGGAGGCAAUGGCAGCUUAUAAACCUGUAAUUGCAUGUAAUAGUGGUGGUCCUGUGGAGUCAAUCAAGAAUGGUGUAACAGGCUUCCUUUGCGAUCCUACACCACAAGAGUUUUCCUCAGCAAUGGCUAACUUGAUAGAUGAUCCCCAGAGAGCAGAAGAAAUGGGCAGAGAAGCUAGGAGGCAUGUUGUUGAGUCAUUCUCUACGAAGACAUUUGGCAAGCGUUUAAAUAGCUAUCUGGUUGACAUUCACAGGGGAAAGGAGGAUUGAGCUUUUUUUGAGUAGCAAGGAGGAUUGAGUUUAACAUCAGGUUUUGGCUUCAUAUUGUUAAUUGCAAUUGGUGACUGUUAAUUAGUUAACUUAGCACUUUCAUUGUGUGUGUGUACACACACACACAAUUUAAAUCUUAAUUGCAGAGUUGAUGACAUGUUCAAUAUUGUAAGGCUUGCACUUUUGGAUAUUUGCUGAUAAUAUAAAAGGCAUUGGAAUGUUUAUAGAGAA